GGAAGGAAGCCCAGAAAGGGCCUCUGCUCUUUGAUGAUCUCCCACCAGCCAGCAGUGCUGACUCAGGAAAAGGAGGCUCUUUACUUUUUGAUGAUCUUCCUCCAGCCAGCAGCGGUGACACAGCCUCCAGUGCUACUGAGCAGGUCUCAUCAGCAGGGAGCCAUGGGAAAGGGGAGAAGAGAAAGUCCUUGGAGGAGGAAGAGAAGAAUGGCGGGGAAGAACUUGUGGAAAAGAAAGUUUGUAAAGGGUCAGUGGGCAUUCUUGGACUGAAGGGUUACGUGGCAGAGAGGAAAGGUGAAAGAGAAGACAUGCAGGACGCACACGUCAUCCUAAAUGAUAUCACUGAGGAGUGCCAGCCUCUGCCCUCCCAAAUCACACGUGUCUCGUACUUCGCUGUUUUUGAUGGCCACGGGGGAGUCCGAGCCUCAAAAUUUGCAGCACAGAAUCUGCACCAAAACCUGAUUAAGAAAUUUCCUAAAGGUGAGGUAGUCAGCGUGGAGAAAACCGUGAAGAGAUGCCUUUUGGACACCUUCAAACACACAGAUGAGGAGUUUCUAAAGCAGGCAUCCAGCCAGAAGCCAGCAUGGAAGGAUGGCUCCACAGCUACUUGUGUCCUAGCUGUUGACAAUAUUCUCUAUAUAGCCAACCUUGGGGACAGCCGGGCGAUUCUGUGUCGUUAUAACGAAGAGAGUCAGAAACAUGCAGCCUUAAGCCUCAGUAAGGAGCACAACCCCACCCAAUAUGAGGAGCGUAUGCGGAUACAGAAAGCUGGGGGAAAUGUCAG